AUGUCAGAACCAAAUAAAGACAUUGCUAAUCAAGAAUCUCAGAGCAUAGUGGUGGUGACAGAGGGGAAGGAGAAUGCUGAGAAGAAUGGGCAGCAGCCGGAUGCAUCCGAGAAUGCUAAGAAGGAAGUGGUGAUGCCCAAGAAAAGGAAAGAGAUGGAACCAAGAUCAGAGGUCUGGGAUAGUUUCACCAAGAUCAUAGAGGGAGAUGUUUUGAAGAGGGGCAAGAACUACUGCAAACGUGAGCUUAAAUGUGAAUCAAAAAUCAAUGGUACAUCUGCCCUAAACUCUCAUUUAAAAAUAUGCAAGAUGAAUCCUAAUAGGAACAGAGAUGAUAACCAGCCUACUUUACAAGCCACCCGAAAUGAAGGGGAUGGUAGCAAGUCCACACUUACUGCUUGGAGGUUUGAUCCUGAAAUGCUUAGGAAGGCUUUUGCUGAAAUGAUUAUUACAUAUGAGCUCCCUUUUGCAUUUUCUGAGAAAGAAGGGUUUAGAAAGUUUAUGUCCAAGGCAUGCCCACGUUUUAAUGUGCCAUCUAAGAGAACAACUACUAGAGAAGUUGUUAGCAUGUUCAAUGUGCAGAAACAUAAGCUGAAAAAAAUCUUUAAGGAAACAUGUGAGAGAGACGUACUACAUCAUCGGUCGGAGAGAAGAUCAAAAGCCGUCUCGCUCGGUCGCUCGUCGUCCGGCGGCUUCAUCAUCGGAGAGAAGAUCAAAAGCUCGCUCGCUCGGUCGUCGUCGUCGGUCAUGGCUUCCGCCUCCGCCUCCAGCAUUUGUGCGAGCACGCCGAGGACGUGCCACGUGCUGAAGAUCCAAGGCUACUCGUGGAUGAGGAAGAGCAACCCCAACAGGUGUGGCGUCUCAUCUGCUUCCUUCCGCGUCGGAGACCGCACCAGAUGGCACGUCGGCUUCUACCCCAGCGGCACCACGCCGGAGACCACCGGUUUCGUGUCUGUCAAGGCCGUCCUCGACGCCGCCUACGCCGCCAUCAAGGCCGUGGUCGCGUUCGACGUGCUCGACCACCACGGCCACCCGGUGCCGCGGUUCGCUAGGACCAGCGGCGAGGUGCGCGAGUUCGCGGCCGCGGGCGCCUACUGGAGCUGCGACGACUUCGUCGAGGAGCGCCACCUCCUCAACGUCCUCAAGGACGACUGCUUCACGGUGAGGUGCAGCAUCACGGUCAUCGAGAUCCUCGCAUACGAAUACGAUUCGGUUCCGCCAAGGUCCCUGGUCGUGGUGCCCCCGUCUGAUUCGCCUCACCACUUCCGUGGCCUCCUCCGGAGCGGCGAGGGCGCCGACGUGAUGUUCCGGGUCGCCGGGGAGACCUUCGCCGCCCACCGGUGCGUGCUCGCGGCACGCUCGCCGGUCUUUAGGGCGGAGCUCUACGGCGCAAUGAAAGAGAGCACCGCCGACUGCGUGCACAUCCACGGCAUGCGACCCGAGGUUUUUAGGCAUCUGCUGCAUUUCGUGUAUACCGACUCGCUGCCAGAUGAAGAAGACGACGACGAUGGGGUCGUCGCCAUGGCUCAACAUCUCAUGGAGGCCGCGGACAGGUACGGCAUGGAGAGGCUCAAGCUGGUUUGCGAGCAUAGGUUGUGCACGCACAUGGACGUAAGCACCGUGGCAACCACGCUGGCCCUGGCCGAGCAGCAUCACUGCCAGGGGCUCAAGGACGCGUGCUUUGACUUCCUCAUCAACUCUCCUGCCAAACUAGACGAGGCCAUGGCAACGCACGACUUCGAUCAUCUCUCUCAGACCUGCCCUGCUCUGUUGAAGGAGUUGAUGUCCAAGCUCGCAACCCACUCUUCUACUCUCACGGAGAAGGUAGCGCAAUUGUCUGCCUACAAGAAGAGGGUGGUGAGCGCAUAUGCUAAAACCUCCAACAAGAAGAAAAGAAGAAGGCUUAUCGCGGACGCAGAUAGUACUAGCUAG